CUCACCAGCUUGGCAUGGUGGAUGUAGCAGAGAAGGAGAUUAUGGACAACCUCACGUUUAAAAGCGAUACUGUACUCUCUGAUGUUCACUUACACUGCCCAAACAGAAGACAUCUCAUGGUGCGACUGAAUGCAGCUGGACAACCGGUAUUCUUGUCACAUUUCAAGCUCCUUUGGAACACUUAUAAUUGGGUAUCUGAGAAAAAUGCAAAAGAAGCUACAACAGAAAAAGAACAGCAGUACAAAAGCAGAGGAGAAUUGUGUGACAAAGACAGGAAUAAUCCAGAAAAUGAAAGAGAAGUAAAUAUUAAAGGAUUAGAAGCUCUGCUAGAUGAUGAUGGAGACUUGGAAGUUGUCCGAAGACGUCAGGAUGCCUCUGAUUUAGAAGAGAAGGAUCUUUUGAGGGAUAGGGUGUGUCCUGUAAUUCUAAUAAGAGAGGAAGAUGGUGCUUUUGAAGAUGAGGAACAAGAACACACUUGCAGUGAUGUCAUUAAAAUAGAACAUACUAUGGCAACCCCUUUAAAAGAUGUUGGUAAGCAAGUCUGGCGUGGAGCCUUUCUUCUUGCUGAUUAUAUCCUCUCAAAAUGGGACAUGUUCAGGCGUUGUACGGUACUGGAGCUUGGAGCUGGCACUGGAAUUACAAGCAUCAUUAUGGGAACAGUUGCCCAGAGAGUUUACUGCACAGAUGUUGGUGAAGAUCUUCUAGCCAUGUGUGAACGUAAUGUUGCGUUAAACAAACACCUGAUUGAGCAGGGAAGAAGUGAAAUUAAGGUUAAAGAACUGGAUUGGAUGCAAGCUGACUUCUGCGCUGAUCCUGAAGGUCCUUAUAGGUGGUCUGAAGCAGAGAUUGCUGAUUUGCAUGACCACUGUACUGUGAUGAUGGCAGCUGAUGUGUUCUAUGAUGAUGACCUGACAGAUGCCUUGUUCAGAACACUCUAUAGAAUCACACAUAACUUGAAAAAUUCUUGUGCAGUUUACUUAUCAAUAGAAAAGAGGCUGAACUUCACUUUAAGACAUAUGGAUGUUACAUGCGAAGCCUACAAUCAUUUUAGAAAUACUCUAAAUGAUCUGGAGAACCUCCAAGAUGGAAAAAUUAAAUAUACUGUGGAGCCUAUUAAACUUGAUUUCUGCCAAUUUCUCAUUUAUGAACGAACUGAGCAGUUGGAACUGUGGAAGGUCAUUGCUGAACAGCUGACAUGACUGGGACAAGAGAAGAAUUGAAGAUACUUGGACAAAAGAUAAAGGCUUUUUGGAUGCUGUAUUAAAA